CUCAUUUGACGUGCGUGUCACAAAUCUCUCUUUUACUUCCGUCGCUUGCGCUUGUGCAUACAAAAUGGGAAAGCCGCGAGGUCUCCGGACUGCUAGGAAACAUGUGAACCACCGUCGUGACCAGCGAUGGGCGGACAAGGACUACAAGAAGGCUCACUUGGGCACACGCUGGAAGGCCAAUCCCUUCGGCGGCGCGUCUCACGCCAAGGGAAUUGUCCUGGAGAAAGUCGGUGUCGAAGCUAAGCAGCCCAAUUCUGCCAUCCGGAAGUGCGUUCGUGUCCAGUUGAUCAAGAAUGGCAAGAAGAUCACGGCGUUCGUGCCGCGCGACGGCAGCUUGAACUACAUUGAGGAGAACGAUGAGGUCCUGGUGGCCGGAUUCGGACGCAAAGGUCACGCUGUGGGCGACAUUCCCGGCGUCCGCUUCAAGGUGGUGAAAGUGGCGAACGUGUCACUGCUGGCGCUCUACAAGGAGAAGAAGGAGCGGCCACGAUCAUAAGUUAUAAGGAGGAAAGCCCGAGACGCGUUAAUAAAUGUGGAAGAAGAAAA